CAUCCAAGCGCAUUACACUCCGCCCUCGUGACCAAUACUUUUUGCAGUAUUCCCCUUACCCCCUCCGCUGCAAGUGCACCAGGCAACCGCGCGCCCAAGCGCACGCUGGUGCACAACAUGGACGACAGCGUGGACGACAACGACGCGGUCUGCAUCGCUCAGACCGAGCCCGUGGCAGACCUUGCGCCGCCGCCGGGCCCUGCGCCGCUGCUGGUGCUGCUGCCGCUGCCGCCGCUGCUGCUGGUGCUGCUGCUGCUGCUGCUGCUGCUGCUGGUGCUGCUGGUGGCGGGGCCAGGCCCUCCACUACCACCGCCGCCGCCGCCACCGCGGCGCAGGGCCGCAGGCCGCGCUCUACCAAGGCGCAGGGCCGCAGGCCGCGCUCUACCAAGCAGCAUCAACAUCAGCGCGUGCCGCUUGUUCGUCGCAGAGUUGACGUCGCGGCCCUGCGGUGCAACGUUCAACCGGACGGCGCCUGAGCCUGUCUGAUACCUGAUACCUGACCCCCGAACCAGACUGAACCUGGGCCUGGGCCUCCCCACACCGUCCCGCCCGCAGUGUUGGCACACUUGGACGUCGCGGGCACGCGAGUCACCAAACGGAAUCACCACUUGCAGGCAGCGCUGCCCGUUACCGAGCAGACGCUGUCCACAUUUUGCGCACAUCUGCAUCUACACAUUUCAUAUGCAGCUGAGUGCUUGCGCCCUAUAACGGCCGCUGCCGAGUUGUAAGAACAGGACUACCUGGCUGGUGUAGUACUCGUCCACGCAGGGCUUGCAUCAAAAGCUAACGCUAAAACUAGGCUUUUUUCUUUGGGCCCCUGGAUGCCGUGGGCAAGAGCGUGGUUAGGGCCCUUCUCGCCAGCGGCGGCGGCCUACCCCUAGUAUGUACAUACACCUGGUGGCCAGCAGAAUGUGCCGGGCGGGCGAAAGUCUGGGCACUCGAGAGGGUACAGGUGCAGGUGCAGGGAUGCUGGGACACGGCAAGGGCGUAGAUGCCUGUAGAUAGGCUGCAGAUGUUGCGGGGGGGUCAUCCAUGCACUGUAACCGCCGCAGGCCUGAGGCAUCUACAAGAUAUGUGCACUGGAAUUUGGGCGGUUUGGGCCUGGCCACACAUGGCGCCACCCCAGCAUAGAUGUGGAACCUGCCCCAAUUCGGGCUCCCUUUUCUGCCUUGCCUCGCCCUGUUUUCGCCCCUGCUUGUCACGCUGUCGCCCGGCCACUGCUUUGCUGCAUUCUGUCUGCAUUUUCUCUGCGGUUGCCUCUGGUGCUCAUCCGUGGACGCUGGUCAUCUUCCUGCAGGUGCGCUGCGACUCUGCAUCGCGAGUGUGGCGUUGCGGUCUGUCUGUGUGGUGCUAUCGCCUGGCCGGGCGCCCGGAGCGUGAGGAAUGCGCAUCAGCAAACUUCCAGCCAGCCAGCAACUUGUCGGUACAGUAACGCCGGCGUUCGACCAGCCAUGCACUUCUGCUCUGCCACUGCAAACUGUUUGCUGUCUGCUUACGGGUCUGGGCAUCAGCUGCACCCUACGGGACCUCGCCACCCUCUGCGCCACCCUGCCUUGAACCCUGUCCCAUCACACACCCAAUGUGGGCGGAAUGCCACCAACGAACCGACACGUGUUCCCCGGUCACGGGAAAAGGGGCUGAGCCCCUCCACAGUAACCAUCAGAUGUAGCUAGCUCUGACAGGUUGAACACGCCUGUGUGCUAGGGCUGCGAGUUGCGGUGCCAUACAGUGUGACAGGUUGUGAUGGGAAGCAGCAGGGGUUCCAUGGGAAGCAGGGGUUCCAUGGGAAGCAGGGGUUCCAUGGGAAGCAGGGGUUCCAUGGGAACCCCUGAUGGGAAGGCAUGGCUUGCACGUGCGCGGAGGCAGGUGCCGUGCUGUCACUACUGCUAAUAACCAUUGGGCGCAGCACUGGCGGGUCGUGUGCGCGUGUGUGCUAGGGGCGCUAGGUGCAGCGUGUGGGACUGUGACAGGCCGUGAUGGGACGGCGUGGCGUGCAUGUGUGUAGAGGGGCGAAACGAACCAAAAAUUC